UGCCCGGCUCGGCCCCUGGAGGGAGUCGGGCUCCGGGACGGUCCCCAGCGCAUCCUCCCUGCAAACGGGUGCCUGGUUCCGACCCCGCCACGGUCUGAUGUGGAGGAUUAAGCAUAGGGCUUAGGCGCUCAGGGGAAAGGAACAAGAGAAAAGGAAAAGCCAGAAAGCAAAGGGGGGGAAAAUGCUUUCCUGGGAAGUUGUCCACACGGUACUCCUGCUUGCGCUUCUCCACGCUUCUCUGGCUCAGGAUGCCAGCCCCCAGCCGCAGAGCCGGGCCCAGGAGAUUCCGGAGGGGGCGUCCACGUUGGCUUUUGUGUUUGAUGUGACUGGCUCCAUGUACGAUGACUUAGUUCAGGUGAUUGAAGGGGCCUCCAAAAUCUUGGAGACGUCUUUGAAAAGACCUAAGAGACCUCUUUUCAACUUUGCUUUGGUGCCCUUCCACGAUCCAGAAAUCGGUCCAGUGACAAUUACCACAGAUCCCAAGAAAUUUCAGUAUGAACUCAGAGAGUUGUAUGUUCAGGGCGGUGGUGAUUGUCCAGAAAUGAGCAUUGGAGCUAUAAAAAUUGCCUUGGAAAUCUCUCUUCCUGGUUCUUUCAUCUAUGUGUUCACUGAUGCACGGUCCAAGGAUUAUCGGCUCACCCAUGAGGUGUUGCAACUUAUCCAACAGAAACAGUCUCAAGUGGUGUUUGUGCUCACUGGAGACUGUGAUGACAGGAACCAUAUUGGCUAUAAAGUCUAUGAGGAAAUUGCCUCUACAAGUUCUGGUCAAGUGUUUCAUCUGGACAAAAAACAAGUGAAUGAGGUGUUAAAGUGGGUGGAAGAGGCAGUGCAGGCCUCCAAAGUUCAUCUACUAUCCACAGACCAUUUGGAUCAGGCCACGAACACUUGGAAAAUUCCUUUUGAUCCCAGCCUCAAAGAAGUUACUGUGUCCCUUAGUGGUCCUUCUCCAUUGAUUGAAAUUCGCAAUCCUCUAGGGAAGCUGAUCAAAAAGGGAUUUGGCCUGAAUGAGCUGUUAAAUAUCCACAACUCUGCCAAAGUGGUAAAUGUGAAAGAGCCAGAAGCUGGGAUGUGGACAGUGAAGACCUCUAGCAGUGGACGACACUCUAUUCGCAUCACUGGCCUCAGUACCAUUGAUUUCCGAGCUGGCUUUUCCCGGAAGCCGACCUUGGACUUCAAAAAAACAGUCAGCAGACCCGUGCAAGGAAUGCCUACCUAUGUUCUGCUUAAUACUUCUGGAAUUUCAAGUCCAGCUAGAGUAGACCAUCUUGAACUUCUGAGUAUCUCAGGAGGAUCACUCAAGACUAUUCCUAUUAAAUAUUACCCAGAUCGAAAGCCUUAUGGAAUAUGGAAUAUAUCUGACUUUAUACCACCAAAUGAAGCUUUCUUUCUCAAAAUAACAGGCUAUGACAAGGAUGAUUAUCUCUUCCAGAGAGUGUCAAGUGUUUCCUUUUCUAGUAUUGUCCCAGGUGCUCCCAAAGUUACAAUGCCCAAGAGAACCCCAGGAUACUACCUGCAGCCAAGUCAAAUUCUCUGCUCUGUUGACAGUCUUUUGCCCUUUACUGUGACCUUCGUGAGAAAUGGCAUUACACUGGGAGUAGACCAGUAUUUCAAAGAAUCCUCCACCGUGAGCUGGGAUAUUGAGAAGGUUACUUUGUCUGACGAAGGCGCCUAUGAGUGCGCUGCUGUCAGCAGCGCAGGGACUGGACGGGCCCAGACAUUUUUUGAUGUAUCAGAGCCUCCUCCAAUCAUCCAAGUGCCAAGUAAUGUUACAGUUACUCCCGGAGAGAGAGCAGUCCUCACAUGUGUUGUCCUAAGUGCUGUGGACUACAAUCUAACCUGGCAGAGGAAUGGCAGGGACGUCAGCCUCGCAGAGCCAGGGAGGGUCAGGAUGCUGGCCGACCUCUCGCUGGAGCUGAGGAACGUGCAAGUCGGCGAUGCCGGGGUGUACCACUGCCUGGCGGCCAGCGAAGGCGGACCUGCAGCAGCGCCCGUCUUCCUCAUAGUGCAAGAAUCCCCCAAAGUCACCGUGAUGCCCAAGAACCAGUCUUUCACCGGAGGGUCUGAGAUAGCCAUAAUGUGUUCUGCAACAGGGUAUCCCAAGCCAAAGAUUGCCUGGACCAUUAAUGAUAUGUUUAUCAUGGGUUCACACAGGUAUAGGAUGACAUCAGAAGGUACUUUAUUCAUCAAAAAUGCAGUUCCCAAAGAUGCUGGGAUCUAUGGAUGCCUGGCAAGCAAUUCAGCUGGGACAGACAAACAGACUGCUACCCUCAGAUACAUUGAAGCCCCAAAGUUGGUUGCAGUUCAGAGUGAGCUCUUGGUUGCCCUUGGGGAUAUGACAGUUAUGGAAUGCAAAAGCUCUGGUGUUCCACCGCCUCAUGUUAAGUGGUUCAAAGGAGAUCUUGAGUUAAAGCCCUCCACAUUCCUCACUAUUGACCCUCUCUUGGGCCUUUUGAAGAUUCAAGAAACACAAGAUCUGGAUGCUGGCGACUAUACCUGUGUGGCCAUCAAUGAUGCUGGCAGAGCAACUGGCAGGAUAACGCUGGAUGUUGGCUCCCCUCCUGUUUUCAUACAAGAACCUGCUGAUGUGUCCGUGGAAAUUGGCUCAAAUAUGACAUUACCUUGUUAUGUUCAGGGUUAUCCAGAACCAAAGAUCAAAUGGCGGAGAUUGGACAACAUACCUGUUUUCUCAAGAUCUUUUUCAGUUAGUUCUGCCAGCCAACUAAAAACAGGAGCUCUCUUUAUCUCAAACUUAUGGGCGAGUGAUAAAGGAACCUAUAUCUGUGAAGCUGAAAACCAGUUUGGAAAGAUCCAGUCACAGGCAACGAUAACAGUGACAGGACUUGUGGCCCCACUUAUUGGAAUCAGCCCUUCAGUGGCCAGCGUUAUCGAAGGACAGCAGCUUACUCUGCCGUGCACUCUCCUGGCGGGAAAUCCCAUCCCAGAACGGCGGUGGAUGAAGAAGUUAGUCACGUUGGUUCAAAAUCCUUACAUCACUGUGCGCAGUGACGGGAGCCUCCAUAUCGAAAGAGUUCGGCUUCAGGAUGAGGGAGAAUACACUUGUGUGGCCAGUAAUGUUGCUGGGCGUGUUAACAAAACUACUUCUGUAGCUGUGCAUGGUAAGCCAGGGCCACAACAUAUAUGGUUUCCAAACCUAGUCCUGCCAACCAUUCAGCAUGGGCAGCAGAUACUCAGCACAAUCGAAGGCAUUCCCAUCACUUUACCUUGCAAAGCAAGUGGAAUUCCCAAGCCAUCUAUCACCUGGUCCAAGAAAGGAGAGCUGAUUUCAACUGGCAGUGCCAAGUUUUCUGCAGGAGCUGAUGGAAGUCUGUACGUGGUGUCGCCGGGAGGCGAGGAGACUGGAGAAUACAUCUGCACAGCCACCAACGCGGCUGGCUAUGCCAAAAGAAAGGUGCAGCUGACCGUCUACGUAAGGCCCAGAGUAUUUGGAGACCAGCGAGGACUGUCUCAGGAUAAGCCAGUGGAGAUCUCUGUCCUGGCGGGGGAAGAGGUGACACUUCCCUGUGAGGUGAAAAGCUCACCCCCACCCAUCAUUACCUGGGCAAAAGAAACCCAGUUCAUCUCACCCUUCUCUCCAAGGCACACAUUCCUCCCUUCUGGCUCAAUGAAGAUCACUGAAACUCGCAUUUCAGAUAGUGGGAUGUAUCUUUGUGUUGCUACAAAUAUUGCUGGAAAUGUGACUCAGUCUGUUAAGUUAAAUGUCCAUGUUCCUCCAAAAAUACAACGUGCAUCUAAACAUAUGAAAGUUCGAGUUGGCCAGAGAGUGAAUAUUCCAUGCAAUGCUCAAGGGUCGCCCCCUCCUGUGGUCAUGUGGCGUAAGAGUGGAGAGACCAUGCUGGUUGAUGGAGUACAGCUUAUUAACCAUCCAGACGGGAGCUUGAGCAUUGAGCAAGCCGUCCUCUCAGACACGGGUGUAUACACAUGCGUUGCUGCUAACAUAGCAGGCAGUGAUGAAGCAGAGAUGAUGCUGCAUGUCCAAGAACCACCUACAAUGGAAGACCUCGAACCUCCUUUUAACACUCCUUUCCAAGAAAGACUGGCACAUCAACGCAUUGCAUUUCCAUGUCCUGUAAAAGGCACUCCUAAGCCAACCAUCAAAUGGUUACACAAUGGUAGAGAGGUGACCGGCAAAGAGCCAGGUAUCUCGAUUGUGGAUGAUGGCACGUUGUUGAUUAUUGCUUCUGUUAUGCCACAUGACAAUGGGGACUAUAUCUGUGUGGCAAUCAAUGAAGCUGGAACCACAGAAAGAAAAUAUAGCCUCAAGGUCCAUGUUCCUCCAGUAAUUAAAGAUAAAGAACAAGUAACAAAUGUGUCAGUUUUGGUCAACCAGCUGGCCAGUCUUUCUUGUGAAGUGGAAGGUACUCCGUCACCCAUCAUUAUGUGGUAUAAAGGUGGUGUUCAGGUGACUGAAAGCAACACUAUUCAGGUUGUAAACAAUGGGAAAAUACUGAAGCUCUUCAAAGCUGCUGCAGAAGAUGCGGGACAGUAUUCCUGCAAAGCCAUCAACAUUGCAGGCACCUCUCAGAAGUACUUUAGUAUAGAUGUGCUAGUUCCACCCACUAUAAUAGGUGCCAGCUCCCCAAACGAAGUGUCAGUUGUCCUCAACCACAACACAACGCUGCAGUGCCUGGUCAAAGGCACGCCCUUCCCUGAUACUCACUGGUUCAAAGAUGGCAAGCCUUUAUUUUUGGGAGAUCCUAAUAUUGAACUUUUAAGCAAAGGACAAGUUUUACAUCUGAGGAAUGCACGUAGAAGUGACAAGGGGCGCUACCAGUGUGCUGUGUCCAACACAGCUGGCAAGCAGGCCAGGGAUAUAAAACUGACUGUCCAUGUUCCACCUAGUAUUAAAGGAGGGAAUGUAACCGCUGAAAUAUCCGCAUUGAUCAACAGCAUCUUAAAACUCGAAUGUGAAGUACGGGGACUUCCGAUGCCUACUGUUACUUGGUAUAAGGACGACAAGCUGGCCAUAUCCAACUCCCAAGCACUUUAUGUUGAUAAAGGACAGUUUCUUCACAUUCCUCGAGCACAGGUCUCUGAUUCAGCAACUUACACAUGCCGUGCAGCCAAUGUUGCUGGGAGUGCUGAAAAAUCUUUCCAUGUUGAAAUUUAUGUUCCUCCUAUGAUUGAAGGUGGCUUGGCCACCCCUUUGAAUAAGCGGGUCGUGCUUACUCAGUCGUUGACCCUGGAGUGUAAAGCUGCCGGCAAUCCUCCUCCAGUUCUCACCUGGCUAAAGGAUGGCGCACCUGUGAAGGCCAGUGACAAUGUCCGCAUAGAAGCUGGUGGGAAGACACUUGAAAUCUUGAGUGCCCUAGAAGUUGAUCGGGGACAGUAUGUAUGUGUGGCUACCAGUGUGGCAGGAGAAAAAGAAAUCAAAUAUGAAGUUGAUGUCUUAGUGCCACCAGCUAUAGAAGGAGGGGAUGAAACCUCAUACUUCAUUGUGAUGGUGAAUAACCUAAUGGAGCUAGAUUGCCCAGUGACAGGCUCUCCUCCACCAACUAUCAUGUGGCUAAAGGAUGGUCAGUUAAUUGAUGAAAGGGAUGGAUUCAAGAUCUUACUCAAUGGACAUAAGCUGGUUAUCACCCAGGCUCAAGUGUCAGACACAGGCAUUUACCAGUGUGUGGCAACAAAUAUUGCUGGAGACCACAGGAAGGAAUUUGAAGUGACAGUUCAUGUCCCUCCAACAAUCAAGUCCUCAGACCUUUCUGAGAAAGCUGUGGUGAAAUACAAGCCAGUCACCUUGCAGUGCAUAGCAAAUGGCAUCCCAAACCCAUCCAUUACCUGGCUGAGAGAUGGUCAGCCUGUAAACACUGCCCAAGGAAAUCCAAGAAUACAGUCUUCUGGUCGAGUCCUACAGCUUGCCAAGGCUCUGUCGGAAGAUGCUGGCAGAUACACAUGCGUGGCUACCAAUGCGGCCGGAGAAGCGUACCAGCACACUCAGCUGCACGUGCACGAACCCCCCAGCCUGGAUGAUGCAGGGAAGAUGCUGAAUGAGACUGUGCUGGUGAACAACCCUGCUCAGCUGGAGUGUAAGGCAGCUGGCAAUCCUUUGCCUGUUAUUACAUGGUACAAAGAUAACCAUCCCCUCUUGGGUUCCACCAGCAUCACGUUCUCCAGUAGAGGACAGAUCAUUGAUAUUGAAAGUGCCCAGGUCUCAGACGCUGGCAUAUACAAAUGUGUGGCCAUCAACUCUGCUGGAGCUACAGAAUUACUUUACAGUCUACAAGUUCAUGUGCCCCCAUCAAUUUCGGGCAGCAAUACCAUGGUGGCAGUGGUGGUGAAUAAUUUGGUGAGGUUAGAAUGCGAAGCCAGAGGUAUCCCUGCCCCGAGUCUGACCUGGUUGAAAGAUGGCAGCCCUGUCUCUAGCUUUGCUAGUGGAAUCCAGGUCCUUUCUGGGGGCCGUAUCUUAGCAUUGACCAGUGCACAACUAAGCGACACAGGGAGGUACACAUGCGUGGCUGUGAAUGCUGCUGGGGAGAAGCAGAGGGACAUUGACCUCAGAGUAUACGUUCCGCCAAAUAUUAUGGGAGAAGAACAGAACGUCUCUGUUCUCAUUAGCCAAACUGUGGAGCUACUUUGCCAAAGUGAUGCAGUUCCCCCACCUACUCUGACAUGGUUAAAGGAUGGCCGCCCUUUACUGAAGAAACCAGGCCUUAGCAUCUCUGAAAAUGGAAGUUUGUUAACGAUCGAAGAAGCUCAGGUUCAAGACGCUGGACGUUACACUUGUGAAGCAACUAAUGUGGCUGGGAAAACUGAGAAAAACUACAAUGUCAACAUUUGGGUUCCACCAAGUAUUCAUGAUUCUGGUGAGCUUGCGCAACUGACAGUCAUUGAGGGGAAUCUCAUUACUCUUUUGUGUGAAUCAAGUGGCAUUCCACCCCCAAAUCUCAUCUGGAAAAAGAAAGGUUCUCCAGUGCUAUCUGACUCAGCAGGACGGGUUAGAAUUUUGUCUGGAGGCAGGCAGUUACAAAUUUCAAUUGCUGAGAAAUCUGAUACAGGAUUUUAUACAUGUGUGGCAUCCAAUGUGGCUGGAAGUGCAAAGAAAGAAUAUAGUCUGCAAGUGUACAUUCGACCAUCUAUAACCAACAGUGGCAGCCACCCGUCUGAAGUCACUGUCAUUCGCGGGAAGAGUAUUUCCUUAGAGUGUGAGGUACAGGGUCUUCCUCGGCCAACCGUGACUUGGAUGAAAGAUGGCCGCCCCUUGACCAAGGGAAAGGGAGGAGAAAUACUGAAUGAAGGUCGCAUUCUUCAGCUGAAGAACGUUCAAGUAUCGGACACAGGCCGUUACGUGUGUGUUGCUGUCAAUGUAGCAGGAAUGAUUGACAGAAAAUAUGACUUAAGUGUACAUGCUCCUCCAAGCAUCAUCGGAAACCAUGGAACACCUGAAAAUAUCAGUGUGGUGGAAAAGAGCUCAGUUUCCCUGACUUGUGAAGCUUCGGGAAUCCCCUUGCCUUCAAUAACCUGGCUUAAAGAUGGAUGGCCUGUCAGCCUGGGCAGCUCUGUGAGGAUUCUUUCAGGAGGUAGGAUGCUGCGGAUGAUGCAAACCAGAACGGAAGAUGCUGGCCAGUACACUUGUGUUGUAAGGAAUGCAGCUGGUGAAGAAAGAAAAGUCUUUGGCCUUUCAGUAUUAGUACCACCUCACAUUGUGGGUGAGAAUACAUUAGAAGAUGUGAAGGUAAAAGAGAAACAGAGUGUUACAUUGACUUGCGAAGUGACAGGGAAUCCAAUGCCAAAAAUCACAUGGCACAAAGAUGGGCAGAUACUCCAAGAGGAUGAGACUCAUCAUGUGAUGUCCGGUGGCCGUUUUCUUCAAAUUACCAAUGCUCAAGUGUCUCACACUGGAAGAUACACUUGUUUGGCUUCUAACACAGCUGGAGACAAGAGCAAAAGUUUCAGUCUCAAUGUGUUUGUGUCUCCUAUGAUUGCUGGUGUUGAUAGCAGUGGCAGCCCUGAAGACGUCAUUGUCAUCCUUAACAGUCCCACUUCUUUGGUUUGUGAGGCUUAUUCAUAUCCACCAGCUACCAUCACCUGGUUUAAGGAUGGAGCGCCAUUAGAAUCCAACAGAAAUAUUCGUAUUCUUCCAGGAGGCCGUACUCUGCAGAUCCUCAACGCACAGGAAGACAACGCUGGACGGUACUCCUGCGUGGCCACGAAUGAAGCAGGGGAGAUGAUGAAGCACUAUGAAGUGAAGGUCUACAUCCCACCCAUAAUCAAUAGAGGGGAUCUUCUGGGGCCAGGUCUUUCCCCUAAGGAAGUGAAAAUCAAAGUAAACAACACCCUGACAUUGGAGUGUGAAGCUUACGCGAUUCCUUCUGCUUCUCUCAGCUGGUACAAGGAUGGACAGCCCCUUCAGUCAGAUGAUCAUGUUCAUAUUGCUGCAAAUGGACACACGCUUCAAAUAAAGGAAGCUCAGAUAUCAGACACUGGACGAUACACUUGUGUUGCAUCGAAUCUUGCCGGUGAAGAUGAGCUGGAUUUUGAUGUGAAUAUCCAAGUUCCUCCAAGUUUUCAGAAACUCUGGGAAAUGGGAAACAUGCUAGAUACCGGCAGGAGUGGUGAAGCCAAAGAUGUGAUCAUCAACAAUCCCCUUUCUCUCUACUGUGAGACAAACGCUGCUCCGCCCCCAACACUGACGUGGUACAAAGAUGGCCAUCCUCUGACGUCCAGCGAGAGAGUGUUGGUUUUACCAGGAGGGCGAGUGCUGCAGAUUCCCCGGGCUAAAGUGGACGACGCUGGGAGGUACACGUGUGUGGCUGUGAACGAGGCCGGAGAAGAUUCCCUUCAGUAUGAUGUCCGGGUGCUCUUGCCACCUGUCAUCAAGGGAGCAAGCAGUGAUCUCCCAGAGGAAGUCACAGUGCUGGUAAACAAGAGUACACAGAUGGAGUGUCUGUCCAGCGGCAGCCCAGCGCCAAAGAAUUCCUGGCACAAAGACGGCCAGUUGCUGCUAGAAGAUGACCACCAUAAGUUCCUAUCGAACGGAAGAACUCUGCAUGUUCUAAAUGCUCAAAUAGCAGAUAUUGGGAGGUAUGUGUGUGUUGCUGAGAACACAGCAGGAAGUGCCAAAAAGUACUUUAACCUCAAUGUUCAUGUUCCUCCAACUGUCAUUGGUCCUAACCCUGAGAACCUCACUGUGGUAGUGAACAAUUUCAUCUCCUUGACCUGUGAGGUCUCUGGUUUUCCCCCUCCUGACCUCAGCUGGCUGAAGAAUGAGCAGCCCAUCAAGCCAAACACAAAUGCUCUCGUUGUGCCAGGUGGUAGAACUCUACAGAUUAUUCGGACCAGAGUAUCUGAUGGUGGUGAAUAUACCUGCAUAGCUAUCAACCAGGCUGGUGAAAGCAAGAAAAAAGUUGCUCUGACUGUUUAUGUGCCCCCAAGCAUUAAAGAUCAUGGCAGUGAGUCUCUUUCUGUAGUGAACGUGAGAGAGGGAGCUUCGGUGUCAUUGGAGUGUGAGUCGAAUGCCGUUCCUCCUCCAGUCAUCACCUGGUAUAAGAAUGGGCAGAUGAUAAAGGAUUCUGCUCAUGUGGAGAUUCUGGCCGGAAGACAAAUGCUGCACAUCAAGAAAGCUGAGGUAUCUGACACAGGCCAGUAUGUAUGUAGAGCUAUAAAUGUAGCAGGACGAGAUGAUAAAAAUUUCCACCUCAAUGUAUAUGUGCCACCCAGUAUUGAAGGGCCUGGAAGAGAAGUGGUUGUGGAGACGGCCAGCAAUCCCGUGACUCUGACAUGUGAUGCCACUGGGUUACCACCUCCCACCAUAGUGUGGUUAAAGAACCACAAGCCGAUAGAAAAUUCUGACUCACUUGAAGUUCACAUUUUGGCUGGGGGUAGCAAACUCCAAAUUGCCAGACCUCAGCAUUCAGAUAGUGGAAAUUACACUUGCGUGGCAUCAAAUAUGGAGGGGAAUGCUCAGAAGAACUACAUUCUUUUGAUUCAAGUUCCUCCAAGUAUUGUUGGUGCUGAAGUUCCAAGUGAAGUCAGUGUCCUUCUAGGAGAGAAUGUGGAGCUGGUCUGCAGUGCUAAUGGCAUACCCACACCACUUAUUCAGUGGCUGAGGGAUGGAAAACCCAUUAUGAAUGGGGAAACAGACAGAAUCAGGGUGACUGCAAAUGGAAGCACAUUGUAUCUUCACGGAGCUCUCACAUCUGACAAGGGAAAAUACACGUGUGUGGCUACUAAUCCUGCUGGAGAAGAAGACAGAAUAUUUAACUUGAAUGUCUAUGUGCCACCUAAAAUCAGAGGCAAUAAAGAAGAAGCAGAGAAGCUGAUGGCUCUGGUGGACACUUCCAUAAACAUUGAAUGCAAAGCCUCAGGAACACCUCCCCCACAGAUUAACUGGCUCAAGAAUGGCCUUCCUCUGCCUCUCUCCUCCCAUACCCGCUUGCUGUCAGCAGGGCAGGUUGUCAGGAUCGGGAGAGCUCACGUGUCUGAUGUUGCUGUGUAUACUUGCGUGGCCUCCAACAGAGCUGGAGUGGACAGUAAGCACUACAGCCUUCAAGUGUUUGUGCCACCAAACAUGGACAAUGCAAUGGGGACAGAGGAAAUCACAAUUGUGAAAGGCAGCUCAACCUCUAUGACCUGCUUUACGGAAGGAACCCCAACUCCAAGUGUGUCCUGGCUCAGAGACGGCCAGCCUCUGGGGCUCAGUGCCCGCCUCACCAUCAACACUCAAGGAAUGGUGCUUCAGCUCAUCAAAGCUGACACUGCGGAUUCAGGCAGCUACACCUGCAUUGCCUCCAAUGAUGCUGGAGAAGUCAGCAAGCACUUUAUGCUGAAAGUCCUAGAGCCACCUCACAUUAAUGGAUCUGAAGACCCUGGAGAGAUAUCAGUAAUUGUUAACAGCCCUCUUGAACUUAGCUGCAUUGCUUCUGGAGUCCCUGUCCCUAAAAUUACCUGGAUGAAAGAUGGCCGGCCCCUUCUCCAGACAGAUCAGGUGCAAACUAUAGAAGGAGGAAUGGUUCUUCGAGUAUCUAGUGCUCAGGUGGAGGAUACAGGAAGAUACACGUGUCUCGCAUCCAGUCCUGCAGGGGAUGAUGACAAAGAAUAUUUAGUGAGAGUGCAUGUACCCCCUAAUAUUGCGGGAACUACUGAGCCCCAGGACGUCACUGUGUUAAGGAACAGACAGGUGACAUUGGAGUGCAAAUCGGAUGCAGUGCCUCCUCCUGUGAUCAUGUGGCUCAAAAGUGGAGAGCGGUUACAGGCCACACCUCGAGUAAGAAUCUUGUCUGGAGGAAGAUACUUGCAAAUAAACAAUGCAGAUCUAAGUGAUACGGCCAAUUAUACCUGUAUUGCCAGCAACAUUGCAGGAAAGACCAAGAGAGAAUUUAUUCUCAAUGUAAAUGUUCCUCCAAGCAUAAAAGGUGGGCCCCAGAGUCUUGUCACUCUAUUAGAUAAGUCGGCUGUAGUGGAAUGUUUGGCUGAAGGUGUGCCAGCCCCAAGGAUAACAUGGAGGAAGGAUGGGGCCAUGAUAGCUGAGAGUCAUGCAAGAUACUCUGUCUUGAAAAAUGGAUUCCUUCAUAUUCAGUCAGCACGCGUGACUGACACCGGACGGUAUUUAUGUAUGGCUACCAAUGUGGCUGGGACAGACCGUAAGCGAAUAGAUUUACAGGUCCAUGUUCCUCCAUCUAUUGCUCCGGGUCCUACCAAUGUGACUGUAACAGUGAAUGUGCAAACUACUCUGGCGUGUGAGGCCACUGGGAUUCCAAAACCAUCAGUUAAUUGGAGGAAAAAUGGGCAGCUUCUUAAUGUGGACCAAAAUCAGAAUUCAUAUAGGCUUCUUUCUUCAGGCUCACUCACAAUUCUGUCCCCAUCGGUGGAUGACACUGCCAGCUAUGAGUGCACUGUGACAAGCGAGGCCGGAGAGGAUAAGAGAACCGUGGAUCUCACUGUCCAAGUUCCACCAUCCAUAGCUGAUGAGCCUACUGACUUCCUGGUGACCAAACAGGCCCCAGCAGUAAUUACCUGCGCUGCUUCUGGGGUUCCCCUUCCCUCAAUACACUGGACCAAAAAUGGCAUAAGACUGAUUCCCAGGGGCGAUGGCUAUCGAAUUCUGUCUUCAGGAGCAAUUGAAAUCUCUGCCACCCAAUUAAGCCACUCAGGAAGAUACACUUGUGUUGCUAGGAAUGCAGCUGGCUCUGCACACCGACAUGUGACCCUGUAUGUCCAAGAGCCUCCAGCCAUUCAACCCCAGCCUAGUGAACUCGAUGUCAUUCUAAACAACCCCAUUUUACUACCCUGCGAAGCCACAGGAACACCCAGCCCUUUCAUUACUUGGCAAAAAGAAGGCAUCAAUGUCAUUACCUCAGGCAGAAGCCAUACAGCUCUUCCUAGUGGCAGCUUACAGAUCUCCAGAGCUGUUCGAGAGGAUACUGGCACCUACACGUGUGUGGCUCAGAACCCAGCUGGCACAGCCUUGGGUAAAAUCAAACUACAUGUGCAAGUUCCUCCAGCCAUUAGCACUCAUCCAAAGGAACAUGUCAUUGCUGUGGAUAAACCCAUCACACUACUGUGUGAGGCCGAUGGCCUCCCGCCACCUGACAUUACCUGGCAUAAAGAUGGGCAUGCCGUCACGGAAUCUGUCCGCCAGCACAUCCUUAACUCCGGAGCUCUGCACAUAGCCUUUGCUCAGCCCGACGAUGCCGGACAGUACACAUGCAUGGCAACCAAUGCGGCUGGGUCAAGUAGCAUGAGCACCACGCUCACGGUCCACGUACCACCCAGGAUCCGAAGCACGGAAGCCCACUACACAGUCAAUGAGAACUCACAAGCCGUUCUCCCAUGUGUAGCUGAUGGAAUCCCCACACCAGCAAUUAACUGGAAAAAAGACAAUGUUCUUUUAGCUAACUUGUUAGGGAAAUACACUUCUGAACCAUAUGGAGAACUCAUUCUGGAAAAUGUUGUGCUGGAGGAUUCUGGCAUUUAUACCUGUGUGGCUAACAAUGCUGCAGGUGAAGAUGUGCAUACGGUGACCCUGACUGUACACGUUCUCCCCACUUUCACUGAACUUCCUGGAGAUGUGUCACUAAAUAAAGGAGAACAGCUACGAUUAAGCUGUAAAGCAACUGGUAUUCCUUUGCCCAAACUAACAUGGGCCUUCAAUAACAACAUUAUUCCAGCCCACUUUGACAGCAUCAGAGGACACAGUGAACUUGUUAUUGAAAAAGUGUCCAAGGAGGACUCUGGUACUUAUGUGUGUACUGCAGAGAACAGUGUCGGUUUUGUGAAGGCAAUUGGAUUUGUGUAUGUGAAAGAGCCCCCAGUCUUCAAAGGUGACUACCCCUCAAACUGGAUUGAACCACUUGGUGGUAAUGCGAUCCUGAAUUGCGAGGUGAGAGGAGACCCUGCUCCAACCAUUCAGUGGAGCCGAAAGGGGGCUGACAUUGAAAUUAGCCACAGAAUCCGACAGCUGGUCAACGGCUCCCUGGCCAUCUAUGGCACUGUGAAUGAAGACGCUGGUGACUAUACGUGUAUAGCUACCAAUGAAGCUGGGGUGGUGGAGCGCAGCAUGAGCCUGACUCUACAAAGUCCUCCUAUUAUCACUCUUGAGCCAGUGGAAACUGUUGUGAAUGCUGGUGGCAGAGUCACACUGGAUUGCCAGGCAACUGGCGAGCCUCACCCAACCAUCAUGUGGUCCCGCCAAGGGUACCCCAUCUCCUGGGAUGACCGAGUUAGCAUGCUGCCCAAUAGUUCUUUAUAUAUUGUGGCUGCUCGGAAAGAAGACACCUCUGAAUAUGAAUGUGUUGCUCGAAACAUGAUGGGUUCUGUCCUUGUCAGGGUGCCACUCAUAGUCCAGGUUCAUGGUGGCUUUUCCUCAUGGUCUUCCUGGAGGCCCUGCAGUGUCACCUGUGGAAAAGGCAUCCAAAAAAGGAGCCGACUAUGCAACAGCCCCCUUCCAGCCAAUGGUGGGAAGCCUUGCCAAGGAUCAGAUUCAGAAACGCGACACUGUCAAAAUAAGCUGUGUCCAGUGGAUGGUCGCUGGUCAGAAUGGAGUCUUUGGGAUGAAUGUACAAGAAGCUGUGGACAUGGCAACAGAACCAGGACCAGGACUUGCAGCAACCCAUCUGCUCAGCAUGGUGGGCGGCCAUGUGAAGGGAAUGCUAUGGAAGUCAUCAUGUGCAAUGUCAGGCCUUGCCCAGUUCAUGGAGUCUGGAGUGCUUGGCAGCCCUGGGAUGCAUGCAGUGAAAGUUGUGGGAAAGGUACGCAGACGAGGACAAGACUCUGCAAUAACCCACCGCCAUCAUUUGGCGGGUCGUACUGCAAUGGAGCAGAAACUCAGAUGCAAGUUUGCAAUGAAAGACACUGUCCAGUUGAUGGCAAGUGGGCAGCUUGGGCCAGUUGGAGCGCCUGUACUGUGUCCUGUGGAGGAGGAGCCAGGCAGAGAACCAGGGACUGCUCUGACCCCGCCCCCCACUAUGGAGGAAGCAAAUGCGAAGGGACUGAUGUCCAAAGUGACUUUUGUAAUAGUGACCCUUGUCCAACCCACGGUAACUGGAGUCCUUGGAGUGGCUGGGGAACAUGUAGCCGGACGUGUAAUGGAGGGCAGAUGCGGCGGUACCGCACAUGUGACCACCCUCGUCCUGCCAAUGGAGGACGAGCUUGCGGGGGAGCAGACACCCAGGUCCAGAGGUGCAACACCCAGAUGUGUCCGGUGGAUGGAAGCUGGGGGAGCUGGCAAAGUUGGAGCCAUUGUUCUGCCUCUUGUGGAGGAGGUGAAAAGACUCGGAAGCGACUGUGUGACAAUCCAGUGCCAUCUCAAAGCGGUCGUUCCUGUCCAGGAGAUGCCACCCAGGUAUCCAGAUGCAAUAUGCAAGCAUGCCCAGGUGGGCCCCAUCGAGCCAGAGGCAGUGUCAUUGGAAAUAUUAAUGAUGUUGAAUUUGGAAUUGCUUUCCUUAACGCCACAAUAACAGAUAGCCCUAACUCUGAUACCAGGGUGAUACAUGCCAAAAUUUCCAAUGUGCCCCGUGGUCUUGGCCCAGCAAUGAGAAAGAUAGUUUCUAUAUUAAAUCCCAUUUACUGGACAACAGCAAAAGAAAUAGGAGAAGCAGUCAAUGGCUUUACCCUCACCAAUGCAAUCUUCAAAAGAGAAACCCAAGUGGAGUUUGCUACUGGCGAAAUUUUGCGGAUGACUCAUGUGGCCCGAGGCUUGGAUUCUGACGGUGCUUUGCUGCUUGAUAUCGUAGUGAGCGGCCACAUCCUGCAGCUUCAGUCACCCGCUGAGGUCAACGUGAAGGAUUACAUGGAGGACUACAUUCAGAUAGGUCCUGGGCAGCUCUAUGCCUACUCAACCCGGCUCUUCACCAUUGAUGGCAUCAGUGUCCCCUACACCUGGAACCACACCAUUUUCUACGACCAGGCCAGGGGAAGAAUGCCUUUCCUGGUAGAAACACUUCAUGCAUCCUCUGUGGAAUCUGACUAUAAUCAGUUAGAAGAAACAUUGGGUUUUAAAAUCCAUGCUUCCAUUUCCAAAGGAGCUCGCAGUAACCAGUGUCCCUCUGGAUUUGCCUUAGACUCAAUUGGCCCCUAUUGUGCUGAUGAAGACGAAUGCACAGCAGGGAACCCCUGCUCCCAUACCUGCCACAACGCCAUAGGAACCUAUUACUGCUCCUGCCCCAAAGGCCUCACCAUAGCUGCAGAUGGAAGAACUUGUCAAGAUAUUGAUGAGUGUGCUUUGGGUGGACACACCUGUCGUGCUGGUCAGGACUGUGACAACACUAUUGGGUCCUAUCGCUGUGUGGUCCAUUGUGGAACUGGCUUUCGAAGGACUUCUGAUGGGCUGAGUUGUCAAGAUAUUAACGAAUGUCAGGAAUCCAGUCCCUGUCACCAGCGUUGCUUCAAUGUCAUUGGGAGUUUCCACUGUGGAUGUGAACCUGGCUAUCAGCUCAAAGGCAGAAAAUGCCUUGAUGUGAAUGAAUGUGGACAGAAUGUGUGCCGGCCAGAUCAGCACUGUAAGAACACUCGUGGUGGCUAUAAGUGCAUUGACCUUUGUCCAAAUGGAAUGACCAAGGCUGAAAAUGGAACCUGCAUUGACAUUGAUGAAUGUAAAGAUGGGACUCAUCAGUGCAGAUAUAAUCAAAUAUGUGAGAACACGAGAGGCAGCUACCGUUGCGCAUGCCCGAGAGGUUAUCGGUCUCAAGGAGUUGGAAGACCCUGUAUGGACAUUAAUGAGUGUGAACAAGUACCUAAACCUUGUGCACAUCAGUGCUCCAACACCCCCGGCAGCUUCAAGUGUGUCUGUCCGCCAGGACAGCAUUUAUUAGGGGACGGGAAAUCUUGCGCUGGAUUGGAGAGGCUGCCUAGUUUUGGCACCCAGUACAGUAGCUAUAACCUUGCACGGUUCCCCCCUGUGAGAAACAACCAUCAACCUCAACAGCAUUACAGACAGUACUCACAUCUCUACAGCUCCUACUCAGAGUAUAGGAACAGCAGAGCAUCUUUCUCCAGGACUAGAAGGACUAUUAGGAAAACUUGCCCUGAAGGCUCUGAGGCAAAGCAUGACACAUGUGUAGAUAUUGAUGAAUGUCAAAACAGCGACAUCUGUCAACAUGAGUGUAAAAAUACCAUAGGAAGCUAUCAGUGUAUCUGCCCUCCUGGUUAUGACCUGACAUUCAAUGGGAAAACGUGUCAAGAUGUUGAUGAGUGUCUGGAGCAGAACGUGCAUUGUGGGCCAAAUCGUAUGUGCUUCAAUGUGAGAGGAAGCUUCCAGUGCAUCGACACGCCCUGCCCACCCAACUACCAGCGGGAUCCUGUUUUGGGGUUCUGCCUCAAGAACUGUCCACCCAAUGAUUUGGAAUGUGCCUUGAGCCCAUAUGCCUUGGAAUAUAAACUUGUCUCCCUUCCAUUUGGAAUAGCUGCCAAUCAAGAUUUAAUCCGCCUGGUUGCCUACACACAGGAUGGAGUGAUGCAUCCCAGGACAACGUUCCUCAUGGUGGAUGAAGAACAAACUGUUCCUUUUGCCUUAAGGGAUGAAAACCUGAAAGGAGUGGUGUACACAACACGCCCACUGCGAGAGCCCGAGACCUACCGUGUGAGGGUCCGAGCCUUAUCCUACAGUGCCAACGGGACCAUUGACUAUCAGACCACGUUCAUAGUUUAUAUAGCUGUGUCUGCCUAUCCAUACUAGGAUGUGCUCCCUAGCCUAGUCCAUAUAUUUAAACCACAUUAAUUAUGGCAAUCAAGGACCUACAAGUUGCUUACUAUCUCUUGAACAGUUGCAAUCUUGACAACUUGACAAUGGUGCUUUACUCUGUUGUGUGUGUUCCUUGGUAGUGCUGAGGUAUUCUUAUGAUCCCACUGUGGUUAUAUGUAGAAGUUGCCUACACUAUUUUCUUUAUUUAUUACACUGGAGCAGUUACUUCCCAAAAAUUAUUCUGAACAUCUAGCCGUGAUGUUUCAUGGUCGCACAGUAGCAAUGACCAUUUUCUUAAAAACAGCAUAGAACAAAAACAACUAAUUCAUUAGCUUUUUGAAUCUUGGACUAUUUUAGAAUAAUAAGACUAGUUGCUAUGCAUUUUGGAAAAAGCUUAUGGCAUAAGGUAAGAUUUUUAAAGUAUUGAUAUAAUGCUUAUACAUCUACUUUCAUUUUUGGGGGGGGGGAACACCACUACUUAAAAACAUAGUACAGCUACUAAAAAGGUUGUUGAUACCUUGUUUGAACAUUCAAAAUGAAGACAUUAUAUCAGUGAUUUUAUGAAAUCAUCUGAACUGCUUAUGAUACUGGAAAAGAAGUUACUUUCUCCUCAGACAAUUAUCCAUGUCAUUGAUCUGUAAUAUCUACUUUAAUAAUCAUCCAUUCACUUAGCUCCAUAGCUUUUACAUUCCAUAUUUUUUUUCCUGUCCUUUAAAGCAGUUUUUUAACAUAACAGUAGGACAGGAUUCUUUAUUUUUAAUAUUGUGAGUUCAAACUAACAUAUUAAACGUCAAUACACUGUACAUGAUGGUAAUAUACUCUGUAAGCAAUUGCCAAGAUGUAUUCUAUUUUUAUGAAGUGUAUAUAUAUUACCUUAGUGUGUAUUUUCUAUAUAAUAUUUUGAUGGACUUUUUAUAAAAUUAUUUUAUAAAAAAACAAUGUUACAAUAACAUCAGGCCAAAUAAAA